GGGACAGAGUUUGACGUCACUCGGCGUUCCUGGUCGACAAAAGGAAUAUGGCGGGACUGAUUGCUAAAUAUCAUUGUAAUUACUGCCAGGAAGAUAUAACAGGAUUAAGGGUGAAGUGUGCCGAGUGCCCAGACUUUGACUUAUGUUUACAGUGUUUCUCGUGUAGAGCUGAAAUAGGAGAACACGAGUUCAAUCAUCGUUAUCAGCUUAUAGACUGUGGUAAUAUUCCUAUCUUUCAACCACCUCAUGACUGGAAGGCUAAAGAAGAACUUGCUUUACUAGAGAUUGUUGAACACUUUGGAUUUGGAAAUUGGGAAGAUGUGGCUGAAAGCAUUGGAAAAACAACAGAUGAAGUAAGUGAACAUUACAACAACUUGUUUGUUUAUGGAAACAUAGGAAGAGCAACAUGGUUAUCAAGGAGUGCUCACCGAGUUCAAGACCACACUUGUCCAGAAAAUGGUCCUUUAUCUCCUAGCCUCACAACACCGCUACCUCCAUUAGAAUUAUCUUCACAAGAACAACAAGAACUGGGAUACAUGCCUGAUAGAGAUGAUUUUGAAAGGGAAUAUGAUAAUGAUGCAGAAUCGGUAACCUGUAAUCUCAGUAUUCACAAUGAUGAUGAAGACGUUGAUAUAGCAUUAAAAUUAGCCCACAUUGAUAUUUAUUCAAGAAAAUUAAAAGAACGUUUUCGGAGAAAAAAGAUAGCCAGGGAAUAUGGCCUUGUCAGUCAGUUUUUCAACAGUUCAAGUUCCAAUAAGCAAAAAUCUGUGAACACUAAAAAAUCAGCACGAGAAGACAAGGAUAUGCAAGAAAAGAUGAGAGUUUUUUGUCAGUUCCAAGCUGCUGCAGAACAAGAACAGUUUUAUCAAAACCUGCAGAGAGAAAAAGAAGUGAAAUCAAGAAUAAAAGAACUCAUGAGAUAUAGAAGAAAUGGUCUCACAAAAUUAGAAGAAUGUACAGCAUUUGAAACUGCAAGGUACAAGAGGGAGAGAAAAAAAGAAAACAAGAAAAAAUCAGGUAGUAGUGGGUCUAUACACAGAAGGUCAACACUUGUAUCAAAGAAACCAGAAGAAAAAGAUGGAGAAAGUGGACAAGAUAAACAAGAAAAAACUGUUUUAAAAGAAGAAAUUAAAGAAGUUGACAUUUCAACACUACCAAACUAUCAGCUUCUUUCUGCCAGAGAAAAAUUAUUGUGUUCCUCAGUAGGACUAAAACCGGCACAGUACAUAAGCUUUAAGGCUGUUUUACUGAAGGACCACUUAAAAAAGAAGCAAGGAAGCACUGUCAAACCUAAGUAUCCAGCAGGUCUGGAUAAAACUAUGAGAAAAAAGAUUAUCAACUAUUUAGUCCACAGUGGAUGGAUUACUGCACGCUAACUUCCAUAACCUCAGGAACCUAGAUAUAAGAGGGAACAUAUUUAUAAACUAGAUGUCAGAACUGUUGUGUCAGUAGAUAACACUAGGCUGAGUGACUUCAUGAAGAGCCAUGUUUUUGGUUUGGUAGCUGGUAGAUCUUCCAGCUUCCUAGUUUGUAUUGUAUAAAUUCAUUAAAUAUGUAGGAUAGAGUGUCAGUCAUUGAAUCGUGAUUUCUUGGGAGUCACUUUUAAUUGGUAUGUGCAUACUUAUUUGUUUUAUGCUGCAGGUUGAUCAAGACAUAAUAAACCAUGCAGAAAAGUAUGACUUGUGAUGCUACAUAAAUUUUGAUCCUUGGUACUGGAAAAAAUAGCUUGUGAAAUAUUCUGGGCCAAUGAAUCUCAACUGGUGGUACAAGAACCCCCAGGGGUAUGUGUAGGUCUUGGAAGGAGUAUGCAAGCUACCUCUAAAAAAUAAUCCAAAAAAUUAUAGAAUUAAAUUCAGCAAAUUAAUAGAACUAAAGUACCAUAAAGGCAAAAGAAAGUAGUUAAGUUUGCAACACUGCAAACCUAUGUGUUUGGUUCACUUAAGUUUGCUUUUCAGUCAUGGUUUGAGAUGCUUGUUUGUUUGUUUUUUGUGUUGUUUUUACAGUUUCAGCCUUCUUGCAUUCAGUACAAUACAUUUUGACUGUGAUGUUUAUUGUAUAAAAAUAAAUUUUUGUGAUGUAUUGGCUUAGAAUAAAGACAGGUGAAAGUGUGAUGAAGAGAUGUGUAAAAAUGAUAGGGAUAAUAUUAGUGUUAGUCCUAGUGGUUAGUACUACAUGGGUGGAGUACUCAUGUAAAUAAGGGCCAGCUUAGGAGUACUUAGUCAAAAAGGUGUGGCAGCACUUAAUCAAACAAAGUCUGGUUUAGGUUUCAUUUUUGUUGAUGAAAUUAAACAAAUUGUAAGUUAUUGUUGUUUCUUUUUUUAAUGCUGUAUUUCCUAUAUAAGGGUGCUUGUUGCAUUUUCUAAUGAUUUUGAAAAGAAAGUACAUAAAAAUAGAUACAGAUAUUCUUUAAAAUUUAUUUUACAAAGUAUUUGAAUUAGAAAUGUUUUUUAAUAUCAAAUGUUCAUAAAUAUAAAAAAAAAAUUGCUUUUCCACAUAAAUUAACCUGCAGUGCAAACACGUAAAUUGUGAACUUUUUAAGUUACAUUAUGCAAAUACUCAACACUAAAGGAUUUACAGUUGUUUUAAAAGGUGUUUUCUUUCUUAUGUUUUAGUGUACCCAUUCAAGUUCUUCAAAAGAACAAUGGUUUUAAGUUUAAGUGAACUUAGAAAUCAGGAUUUUCUGUAUUUUACAGUAUUUGAGUUAUGGACAUAUCUUUACAGGGUAAGCUUAUUUGGUGCUACUAUAGCGUGUGGUCUACCGUAGUAUCUGUAGUCUACCUAGACCCACCGGACCCUAUUACCCUUAUCCCAGAGGGAUCGUAGAAGACCCCACCUGACCUGACUUUACCUGUCUAUUUAACUAAGUGUAAAAGUCUCGGUAGACCGCAUGCUAUAGUAGCACCGCUUAUUUCUGCAAUUUCAUGUCAGUUUUUUGUUACAAAAUGAGGAUGUUUUGAAAGUUGAGCAUACAGUGUGUACUUGGUAGAUUUUAAACUGAAAAUGCUGUAAAUACAUAAGACUGCCGAAACAACUUAUUUGGCUGAAAUAGUGUUAAUUUUAAAAAAUAUGAUGUUGCUGGCUUAUUUCUCCAAUAAGGUCUCGUAUAACAAGUUAUUUAAUAAAUGUUUACCAUGAAGGAAACUUGGUUCUCCAGUUUCAACUAGUCUGUAAGGUUUUAACAUCAGUAUUAGGAACCAUUUAUUUCUCAAAUGUAAAUUAUCACAACAUGUAUAAAACAUUAUUUCAGUAAACAGCUCAAGUUAGGAACAUGUAUAUGAUUAGAAGAAAUCUAUCUUAGGAUUAAAUAAUGCAUUCUAUAUCAUAUCAGUCACUGCAGUGUAAACAUAUAUAAUACUUGGGUAAAUGAUACAAAAAUGUCACUACUGAAUGGAUCUUGGGGUGGGGGUAUCUUAUCAUAGUCAAACAGUUUUAUUUAUUCAAAGGAACCACCAGAAGGAAAGAUAAGUUACAAUAAUUUGACUUUCUGUUAUGGAAGAGGAAGAUAGAUAUUCUUAUUAUUAUACAAAUUUAGUUAACUUCAUGGUGGCAUUUGUCCACUAUUACAGGUGGAAACAUGCUAAGUUUGAAACAUGUUCAUGAGAUAUUCCAUUAUUAUACACAUACAUAGAAUACGGGAAUUAGUUCUUUCUGUAGAGGAGAAAUUGGUAUUCCAGGUGUAUGACAAUGUUUGUUUCAUUAAAAACAAAAGUAAAAGUGAAAUUACAGACAUGUUAGUAUGUGUGAAAUUUUGAGUUGUAUCAGCCCGGGGAAUUAUAAGUAUCAGAUCAUAAAUGUUACUGAAUUUAUCAAGGAACAUAGGACAACGUUCUCCAGGUUUUCUUACUUGCUAGUUGUACACACACACACACACAUUUAGAAUAGCUUUAGAAAAUAUAAACCUUAUUGAAUGUGUUUACCUUAACAGUAAUCUGAGGAGGUGUUAGGCUGUAUCAUAGAUAUUGUAGAUGUGAGAUUCAAGUGGCUUUUAAUUUUUAAAAAUUACUGGAAGAAACAUCUGUAACGUUGCAUACAAAAUGAAGAGUAGGUAGGCUGGGUAAAUUUAUUUUCUUGGCAAAUUUGAUUUCUGUGAAAACAAGGUAGUGAUUAUUUAACUACACUGGAAAAAUAUAACAACUGAACAUCUAGAACAUUGCAGUGAAAGUUUGAUCAGAAAAAAGUGACAAAUUAGUUGAGGUAUUGUGCUAUUUUUUGUAAUAAUGUAAUAACUGUGUGAUCUUUAUAAUAUCCUACAUCUAAAAGGGCAAUUCUUAUGCAAAGUUUUAUUACUCUGUCCUUAAUCAUUGUUUAAAAUGGUGAAAUCACAAAUAAGAAUGCUUACUCUUUUCAGCUCUUUACUGGUUUAUUGUCAUGGAAACAGCUUUUCAGUCCGAAAAUUACACUGAGAACACUCGUUACUUAGUUUAAAUACUAUUUAUAUCAAUUUUGUAUGAGGCAUUUUACUACAACCAAUCUUAGUAUGAUGUUCCGUCAUAUUUGCAAACGUAUAAUAUACUUGCCAGUUUAAUAACAAUCUGUCUCUAUGUUAAGUUUCUAUGAAUGUCAGUGAAUUUUUAACUUAACUUUUAUGUAAUUUCCUAUCGUCACAAAGAAAUCAACCUGAGACUGGUUAAGUGAGAAAUCCCCCAAGGUAUUCUAGAACUAGAUUUCUACAGCAUAAUUAGCACUUGUUUUAGUGCCUUUAAGAUGUUGAUGUUCACUCCAGUAAUUUUAUAGCUGAUUUUAAUAAUUAAGACAUUAUAAUUUGAUCACUUAAAUCCAAGUAAUUACCAAACCAAUCCUGGUUAAACAUUUAUAUACUUAUUUAAUUAAAGUCACUGUUACAUUAUUAUUAUUAUAGCUUGCUAUAUGGACAUGGGAACAGCUUCAGGUCAUUUGUUUGUGUAAUUUUAACCAAUAUACAUUCCUGAUAAAUUUAAUAUUAUUUGCCUUUUUUUAAUUUGUAAGUUGAUAAAGUUAUAUUGUAGUUUAAAUUAGAUUUUUAUUUAUAUACAGGGCUGGCACAGAAUAAGUUUGGGUUUAAACUUGUAGAUGUUGGAAGAAUUGUAUAAUCUGUAGUUUUGCCAGUUGGUGUAGACAUACAGAACUUUGAUGGUUAAAAUAAAAGCUCCUAGAUUGGCAGUGCAAAAUGACAUUUGGUCACAGUAUAUUUUAUCUUCAGAAAACUAAUAUUAAUGUAAGUUACAUCAAAUGUUCAGCGUGCCCUCCGUCCAUUUCCACAACAAACUCCAGACCAAGUGAGACAUGACAAAAAGCAACACAAUGCAUAUAUUCAGUGGUAUGCAUUAUGUAAUAUUGAAGUGUUUUUUUUUUGUUUGUUUUUUUGCUCAAUUAUUGAUAAUGGGUAGUGUAACAACUCUACUAAUCAAUGAGUGAAUGAAUGAGUUCUGAUGUUGAUCUCACACUUAACUACAACUCCUAGUGAAGUAUUUACAAGUAAAUACAGUUUCAAGGUCACAUUUCAGUGCCACAUGUGGUAAUUUUUGUGUGUUUUCAGCAUAUGUUUUUAUGCACCUACCAAAACUAGGUUGUACAGUUCUCCAAUCACAUACACCCAACAUAUUUUGUGCCAGUCCUGUACAUAAUUAUACAUGAGGACUGAGGAAUCCUUGAAAGCAUUCAGAUAAACAUGUUUUGCUGCAAUUUGAUUUGUAAUGAAUUUGUAUUAAUUUUCUUCCAGGUUUUGCCAUGUAUUUAUGUUUAGUUCCAACAGUGACUACUACUUUUCAAAGUUGAAUCUUUACGAACAGUGUAUAUUUAAAAAAUGUUAUUUGACAGCCCCUAUUACUUCCAAAAGUAUCUGUAUUACCCAAACUUUGUAUUAGAAUAAAAAAUAUAAGCUUACUACUUGAGGUAGUAAUUAAAAUAAUUAGUCAAAUGUUGUGGUUUUGUAUUAUUAUUAUUAUUUGAGAUUAAUUAUUACGUACAAUGAAAAAUGGUAAAUAGGGAGUUAUAUUCUUACAUGUAAUGAGUUUAAUUUGAAUUAUUUGUAAGAUAAUACAUAUGAAUAUUUCAACAGUACUCUAGGUAACAAACAGCUACUUGUUAGUGCCAAGAGGUGAUUUCACAUCACUGAAGUUUUCUCACUAUUUAUUGUACAGUUUUGUAAAAUGUAUAUAAAAUAAAAUCCCCAUCCUUUUAACUU